AUGGAGGAGGACACGCCUAUGCCGAUGACGGUCCCCAUGGCCGGCACAGAGCCGGUCGUCCCAACGACCCUGUGUUACAACUGCGGGGCUCCGUUAGUAGGAAGCACGCUAUGCAACGAUUGCAUGAAAACCUCGGUGGACAUUUCUCAAGGAAUCCAACGUGAAGCGGCUCUGAAUUUCUGUCGUGACUGUGAACGCUGGCUUCUCCCCCCGGCAACAUGGACCGUCGCCGCCCCCGAAUCGCGCGAGUUGAUGGCCAUUUGCCUCCGAAAACUGAAACGCCUCAACAAAGUCCGCGUUGUCGAUGCGUCGUUCAUCUGGACAGAGCCUCACUCCCGCCGGAUCAAGCUGAAGCUCACCAUCCAAGACUCUGUCGCCAACGAUGUCAUCCUUCAGCAAACCUUCGAAGUUGUCUAUGUGGUGAUGUACCAGCAAUGCCCGGAUUGCGCCAAGUCGUACACCCAGAACCAUUGGCGUGCCAGCGUGCAAGUGCGACAGAACGUUUCGCACAAGCGGACGUUCCUCCAUCUCGAGCAGCUCAUUCUCAAGCACAACGCGCACCACGAUACGACCAAUAUUAAAGAGGCCCGGAAUGGUGUCGAUUUCUUCUUCGCCCAGCGGAAUCACGCCGAAGCCUUCCUGAACUUCCUCCAUGCGGUUGUCCCGGUGGAAGUGACGAAAUCGCAGCAGCUCAUUUCGGAGGACAUCCACACGUCAACGAAAUCGUACAAGUUCACGUACUCGGCAAAGCUGGUCCCCGUGUGCAAAGAUGAUUUGAUUGCGUUGCCCAUAAAGAUGGCGCAACAACUGGGGAACAUCUCGCCACUACUUCUGUGCAACAAGAUCGGCACAUCCAUCACCUUCCUUGACCCAAACACCCUUCAGACCGCCGACCUUAGUCCGAAGAUCUAUUGGCGCGCGCCAUUUACUUCUCUCGCGGAGGUGAAUGAGCUGGUAGAAUUCAUUGUCCUUGAUAUUGAGCCCACCGGGUACAGUAACGGCAAAUGGCUCCUCGCUGAAGUGACCGUUGCCCGGGCUUCCGACUUCAGCGGCGAUAAACAAUUCUUCACGCGAACCCACCUUGGAAGCAUUCUGCACCCGGGUGACUCUGUCCUCGGGUACAUGGUGACGGGGGCGAAUUUCAACAACCCUGAGUUCGAGCAGAUCGAACAGUCCAAGACGUAUGGGGCGAGAGUCCCCGAUGUGGUCCUGGUGAAGAAACACUACCCCAACCGACAGAAGAAGAACAAGCGGAACUGGAAGCUCAAGCGCUUGGCGGUGGGCGAGAGCGACCUGUUGCCGACGGAUCACGAGCAAGAGCGGGUCGAGAACGAUUUCGAGAUGUUCUUGCGGGAUGUGGAAGAGGAUGCCGAGCUGCGGGCGACUCUCGCACUGUACAAGAACAAGAAGAAGGACGACGAGAUGAGCAUCGCGGAAACGGACAUGACGGAUGGCGAGGCGCCCAAGAUCAAUAUGGAUGAAUUGUUGGACGACUUUGACGACCUUGAUAUUGACGACAAUUAG